AUGUUACAAUUUUAAAUUGAUGAGGUAAAUACAAAAACGAGUAAAUAAAAAUACAAAACAACGUAUCAUUUAUUUUCGGUCUGCAAUUGUUCUAUUUAGUCAAACCGUGGUUGUGAUUAUUUUGUGAAGUCCGAUGCAUUGUUUUCAUUCCUGUCUGGGUGAAGAUAUAAUUUCAGGAUAGGAUUUUCAUGAUAUUUACAUUAAAUAACAAUUUUUCAUGUUAUAAGUAAAUAAAUUAAACAGGCAAAUUGAAAAAAUAUAAAAUUGAGCAUCAUUUAUGUUCGGUCUGCAAUUGUGAUGUUUAGUCAAACCGGAGUUAUGAUGAUCUUGCAAAGUCGACUGCUCUGACUUUAUAUCUCUUCGUUUGUUUUGCUUGCAAUUCAUAAAUUACAGAAUUAUGCUAAGCUGUAUGUAAGAUUUGUUCUGGCAUUGCGCGGUAGUAAUUUUUUUCACCAUUUUCGUCUAUAAGAAUCAGAAAUGUCUCUCACGCCUUCAGAAUCGUUGGCUCAAAUCUCCUCUGCACAAAAAGACGAGUUUUACCUCAAUUAUCUGAGAGGUCUGUUCAAUGAUGGCACGAAAAAGAUUUUCGGGCCACAAACAACAAUAAGAUGGAGCAAAGAAAUCCAAUUACUGUCGGAUAUGGCCUAUUUUGGACUCACAACUUUGGGAGACUUGCAGACAUUAGGAGAGGAAUACACUCAAAUUAUUCAAGUUGGUCCCACAAUGAACCGGCUGCCGAGUCGUUUUAGUAGACUUAUAAUGAUUGCUCUUCAUACUUUAUUACCAUAUUUAAUUGACAAAUUUCUAUGCCAUCUUGAAAACAAACUUGCAAAAAGCGAACAUUUACAUAAUCACACAAAUUUGCAGGAUAUGGUACAAAAAGUUAGAUUAAUUUUUAAUGUUUUGAACCGUUUACAUUUAUCUGUUUUCUAUUUGCAAGGGAUAUAUCACACCAUGUCAAAAAGAUUUGCUGGCAUUCAAUAUGUCAAAUAUAACCUCCCUGGAAUGUCACAGCAGCCUGAAAGCUCGGCUUUCAAGCUCCUAGGUUAUAUGUCCUUAGUACAAUCAUUGAUCGCACUAGCUAUGCAUGUUAUUUCUAUUCGCAAUGAUUUAAAGCCAGUAAUAAGCAAUAGCGAAGCUGAAAAAUUUGGCAUCAGUCAUUCAAGUAAAGCUUCCAUAAUUGAAGAAGACAAACCCGAUAUGAAAUGUAGUUUAUGUUUAGAAAAGAGAAAUCGUACAACUGUGACCCCUUGUGGGCAUUUAUUUUGUUGGAAAUGUAUUCAUUCCUGGAUAAAUACGAAACCAGAAUGUCCGAUUUGUAGAGAAAGCUUGAAGCCAAAUAAACUUGUUUGCUUAAUGAAUUUUGAAUGAGUAUUUAGUACUAGAUGCAAUAAUUCACAAUUGUUAAUCUGUUUUGAAAAUAGAUUGCAUUUUGUUAUCACAGACAUAUAAUACAACACCCACCAGCUUAAAUCCUUAUUAGACUCGUGUUAUUUAUAUUCUAUAUCACAAAAUGAGAUUUCUACAAUACCUCUCAGAUUGUGUUUGUGUCAUUUUUUGUUGUGGCUCGAAAAUUUUGUGUUCUGAUUAUGCGCUCAGGUGCAACAUUUUUGAGACACCCUAUUUUUGUACUAAGAUGAAGUUAUCUAUCUGUAUUAAUAAAUUAUCUGUCUAUUGAAUAUGAAAUAUAUUCCAAAACCUUCAAGAAAUAAUAUUUACUUAACUUUAAGGUCUGUUUGUAAAAGUGCUCGAACAUCAAAAAUUGCCAGUUCUGAUUUUUCAUGUGUUGAUCAGCAUAGCCAAUACCAAUUUUGUCGUUUGAAUUAUUCAAAAUCAUCACUACCAGUGUAUUCUGAUGGGUGGUUCUGAGCUUCCCACACCUUUGAAAGGUAUCUGAGAAUCACAUUUUUGUAAUAUGAUAACUUGUAGGUUUCUGAAACACCCACUUCAAUGACUGCUCUCACUGAAAUUUGACUCUAAAUAAUUGUUUCAUUUCUUCAAUUAUCAUGUAAUUCAUAGACUUGCAUUUAAGUGUUUCCAUAUACCAAUCUAAAAAACGGCAUGAUCCGGACUUAGGUCUGAGCUGUGAGAGAUAUGUUUGUUCUAACAAUGCUAUAACAAUAGUCUUACUUCUGUCCACCUUUCUACCUACUUUUUGGAAUUUCAUGCUCUAAUCAUACUGUGAACGAAUUGGAAUCAAACCUUCUAUGCAGUGCAGUAAUAAUUUUUUCCAAUAUCUUAUUCUAUUAAUUGUUUUGCGAUGUAAUGAAUAAAUAAUGUAUGCAGAUAUAUACCCGAAUUACGCCAUUUACUUUGAAAUAUCGGUCUCAUUUUUCACAGGACAGGGCAUCAGUUGCGAAUUCCAAACAAUGGGACAUUUUCAAACAUUCACUAUUAAACACCCAAGUACUUUUGAGUAAUAAUAAUACCCGAAAUAUGAUACAUUUUCAAAUCUGAUUCUUUCUAAAAUCAUGAAUUGGCAACAUUGAAUAUCGGCAAAUUACGAAUGAAUGUAUGUUCGGUUCUUGGACACUACAUAAAGAAAUGUCCUAGAAAAGCUCUGGUAUGGUAGGCUAAAAGUAGCUGUAACCAAAACACUCUAAAAUAAUUGUCAAAACUUUCGCAAUAGUAAGAUAAGUUUUCUAGGGUCUGGGUAAUGUAUCACGCCUUCCUUGAACAGGAGAACCAUACCGUGCCAGCGUUUACACACACCAUAACCAUGGCUGUGAUGACCUUGUUGCAUCUAACAGUCUGUGUUGUGGGUUUGAGAUCCCAUGUUCAAUCACUUCAACUAUAGUGAACAUUCUUCUUGCAGAGCGUUACUUGCUCCUAAGGUGAAACUGCUCUAUGAUAAAAUAUCCUGUCAGUUUGAAAACCACGUUCAAUCAUAAAAAAUAGGGUAGCCCUUUGUAUCAAUACCUCCUCUUGCAGAGCAUUACUUGCAGCUAAAGUGUGCAACUGCUCUAUAAUGAAAUAUCCAGUCAGUUUAAAAACCACAUUGAAUCCUAAAAUUCCCCAUGAUUGUAGAAAAAUAAAUAUCAAAAUUUCAAACAGAGAAAUUUAUGAAAAAUUGCUAAAAAAAAUCACACCUUUUGAUGAAAAGCAUUUAUAAAAACAAAAGAAACAAUAAUCAAUCAAUAAACUUGACAGCUGUUUAGAAAUCCAAAAAUGUGCAGUGGAAACCUACUGAAGAGUUAAGCUUCAUCAGGCGAUGUUAACAAGUUCCAGUGUGCUGACCAACACUGCAUGUCUAGUACAGUCUUGUCGGUCAAA